AUACCCGAGAGAGAUGCCACAAAGAGUGCCAAACCGGUGCCCCGUGAGGUUGUUUAAGGGUCAAAAUUACAGGAAAUUGAAGGCAAAAUGUCAGUCUGGAGGAGAGCUCUUUGUUGACACUGAAUUCCCUGCUGAUGCGUCAUCUCUUGGUUUUGAAAAGGAGAACGUGGAUUGGAAGAGGCCGAAGGAAUUGGUCGAGGCUCCACAAUUUAUGAAAAGUAUAAAUAGAUUUUCGGUAAAACAAGGAGAAUUAGGAGACUGUUGGUUCUUGUCAGCCCUCUCCACCAUCACCCAAAACCCAGGCUUGUUGUACCGUGUUGUGCCCAGCGACCAGGACUUCUCGGAGAACUAUGCAGGAAUCUUUCACUUCAGGUUCUGGCAGGGGGGGCAGUGGGUAGACGUCGUCGUCGAUGACCGGCUGCCAGUCGUCUGCGGGGCAAUACUGUGCUUCACCAGUUCGAGGGACGACGAUGAGUUUUGGUCGGCUUUGCUGGAGAAAGCUUAUGCCAAGCUCCACGGCUCCUACGGCGCCCUGGACACCGGCAAGAGCUACGAGGCGACGGAGGACCUGACGGGGGGCGUGACGGAGCGGUUCCUUCUGCGUCGCGAGGACCUCCUGACGCAGCCGCCCCCGAACCUCUUCAGCGUCGUCGCCAAGGCUCGUCAGCGAGGGUCGCUCGUCACCUGCAGCAUCUCAGAGACUCGAGAGACACUGAUGGAGAACGGACUCGUCAAGGGCCACGCCUACAGUGUCACGGGGGCGCGGCGCUUCAGGGUGAAUGCUCCGCGACGACCCUACGUGGAGCUCUUACGUCUGAGGAACCCCUGGGGCGACGAGGUGGGUGCAUGA